ACCACUCUCUGUCUUUUCUCCUUUCUGCUCCUAUCUAUCUUUUGGCCCUCACACACUUGCACAGUAUCGAAGAAGAUAGGCACUUCCCCAAAUAAACCGGACAAGUCAACAAUCUAAAGUUGAGAGAGAGAGAGAGAGAGAGAGAGAGAGAGUUGAUAUUAAUAGGUGAGUAAAGGGAAUCUCAACAAUGAGCAUCUCCCAACCUCUUAUGGCACUCCAAUCUGACGACGAUGGGAGGCUCUCAAGAACAGGGAAUGUUUGGACUGCUACAACACACAUAAUAACAGUGGUGGUUGGGGCAGGGGUGUUAGCUCUAGCAUGGGCCAUGGCCCAAUUAGGAUGGAUAGCCGGUAUAGCGAGUAUAUUGAUCUUUUCAUCGAUCUCAAUUUUCACUUACAGUCUUGUAUCCGAUUGCUAUAGGUUUCCAGAUCCAAUCAAUGGCAAGAGAAAUUAUACUUACAUGCAAGCUGUCAAGGCCUACUUAGGUGGAACAAUGCAUGUGAUUUGUGGAUUGAUUCUGUAUGGAAAGCUUGCUGGUAUCACAGUGGGCUACACAAUAACCUCAUCCACAAGCUUGGCAGCAAUAAAGAAAGCUGUCUGCGUCCAUAGAAAAGGACAUGAAGCUGAUUGCAGGAGUUCUUAUAAUCCCUACAUGAUCGGUUUUGGAACAUUGCAGAUUUUUUUGUCUCAAAUUCCAAACUUUCACAAAUUGACAUGGCUUUCAACAGUUGCUGCUAUCACCUCAUUUGGUUAUGUAUUCAUUGCUGUUGGUCUUUGUCUCUCAGUCAUUAUCUCUGGAAAAGGGGCAUCAACGAGCAUAACUGGAACCAAAAUAGGGCCAGAACUGUCUGCUGAAGAUAAAGUGUGGAGGGUUUUCAGUUCAAUGGGAAACAUAGCACUUGCUUGCACAUAUGCUACCGUUAUUUACGACAUAAUGGACACAUUAAAGUCACACCCACCAGAAAAUAAACAAAUGAAAAAGGCCAACGUGAUAGGGGUCUCAACAAUGACAAUGAUAUUCCUACUAUGUAGUUGUCUUGGCUAUGCUGCUUUUGGUGAUCACACACCAGGAAACAUUUUUGCUGGAUUUUAUGAGCCCUUCUGGUUGGUUGCCUUAGGAGACACAUUCAUCGUAAUCCACAUGAUUGGAGCAUAUCAGGUGAUGGGUCAACCAUUCUUUCGUGUUGUUGAAAUGGGUGCUAACAUCAUGUGGCCUGAUUCAAAUUUCAUAAACAAGGAAUAUCCAAUUAGUGUGUGUGGUAUAACAAUCAAUUUGAAUUUUUUUAGGCUAAUUUGGAGGACAAUAUUCGUGAUAAUUGCAACAAUUCUUGCCAUGGCAAUGCCAUUUUUCAAUGAGGUUCUUUCUUUGCUAGGAGCAAUAGGGUUUGGUCCUUUAGUUGUCUUCUUCCCUAUACAAAUGCACAUUGCUCAAAAGCAGAUAAGAACUUUGUCAAUGAAGUGGUGUGUGCUCCAAUUUUUGAAUUGUCUCUGUUUCAUCGUUUCAUUAGCCGCCAUAGUUGCUUCAAUUCAUGAAAUUAGCAAGGAUCUCCAUAAAUACCAGAUUUUUAAAUAUAAACAAUAGCACCCUUUUUUGUUUUUGUUUUAA